AUGACAGCUACGCCCCAGAGUUCCGCGGGGGCUGUCCCAAAGCCCAAUGCCUCUAAAGCCACCCCUCCGCAGCCCAAGCGGAACCAGAAGGGCGUGGCGGAUCAUAAAGCGAUGGAGCUUGAAGACGAGUUUCGGACGAAACACCUAGGUGUGAUGGGUGUUCUUGGUUGGAUAUUGCUUUUGCAUAUCGCAGGCAUUUACCUGUUCACGAAAGGGUUCCUUCUCACGCGCAUGGUCCUUGAGAACAAGUCUUCAUGCGACGUGCUGCCCUUCGAAGAUGCGACUUCCCAGACACCGGGAAAUAUUGAAAAAGGUUGCUGGCAUGAGAAAUCGUUUGAUAAGGCUGUGGUAAUCAUCAUUGAUGCUCUUCGAUACGAUUUCACCGUUCCAUUUGCCCCUUCUGAAACCGAGGAAACCCAAUUCUUCCACAACAAUAUUCCCAUUCUUCAUGAGACCGCGAUCAAACACCCCGCCAACGCUUUCCUCCUACCUUUCAUCGCAGACCCUCCGACAACCACCCUGAACCGCCUGAAGGGCUUGACAACCGGAACUCUCCCCACCUUCCUCGAAGCAGGCUCGAACUUCGCCGGAACAGCCAUCGAUGAAGACAACCUGGUUGCGCAACUUCACAAGAGUGGAAAGAACCUCGUCCACUUGGGUGACGAUACUUGGCAAGCGUUGUUCCCGGGAUAUUUUGACCCUAACCUGACACACGCCUAUGAUUCAUUCAACGUCUGGGAUUUGCAUACCGUCGACAACGGCGUUACAGAGCAUCUCUUCCCCCUCCUCCGCCCGGAGAAUAGCUCCAAGUGGGACGUGAUUUUUGGACACUACCUCGGUGUUGAUCAUGCAGGUCACAGAUACGGGCCCAACCACGCCGCCAUGGCCUCCAAACUCCAGGACAUGGAUCGUGUCAUCCGGGAGGUGAUUGCCGCCUUGGAUGAUGACACGCUUCUUGUUGUAAUGGGCGAUCAUGGCAUGGACACCAAGGGUGAUCAUGGCGGUGAAUCCGCCGACGAAGUCGAGGCCGCUUUGUGGAUGUAUUCGAAGCGCGGAGUGUUCGGUCGAACGAGUAAAGAUUCACUCCUUCCACCUCAACACGCCCGUGAUCGAUUCGUUCCACAGAUUGACCUUGUUCCGACUUUGUCUUUGUUGCUUGGAAUGCCCAUUCCGUUCAACAACCUCGGCUCGCCCAUUGAAGAGGCCUUUUCCGGCGCUAAGGGCGACAAUUGGGCUAACCUGGCCACUGUGAAUCGACUGGCUGCUGCUCAGGUAAAGAGGUAUCAGCACCAGUACGCAGUCGCCAGGGGAGCUGGUGAUGAUGAUGAGUCGAUGUUGCUUUGGACUGCCGCCGAGGAAGAGUGGAAGUCUUCCUCAAAGGCAUUCUCAAAGUCAAGUGCUGCGCGGGCAAGCAAUGAACUCUACCGCAAGUACCAGCGCCAUACACUGGAUGUUUGUCGCGACCUGUGGGCUCGGUUUGAUAUCCCGAGCAUGAUCCAGGGUGUUGCGGUUCUUGUCGCUGGGAUUACGUACUUGAUCGUCUACGCUCGUGGCUUGAAGAACGACCGCACCCAACUUACGGCUAAUUUGCUCCAGUCUGCUGGAGUGGGAGCCGGCAUUGGUGGUGUCGCUGGAUCGGUAUUCGGCCUGACUGGCCUGACUGAAAUGGGUGUUGUCGAUGGUCUCGUUCUUUUGGCCGCAGCUGGAAGUAUCAUCGGUGCUUUGCCAGCCAUUGUGACGAAGCCGGCUAGCCUGAGCCUGCCCCUUCCCAAUGGCAUGUGGGGCUGGCUUGCCUUCUUCUUUACCGUGUCCCAGUCUAUUGGAUUUGCUUCAAACUCAUACACAAUCUGGGAAGAUGAGAUUCUUCUGUUCUUCCUCACCACCUUCGGUGUGUGCGCGGGUAUCUCAUCCAUGCGUCAGAAGCAGACCACAGACCGGGUCUUGGGUGUAUAUCAUUCCGUCCUCUUCGUGAUCCUAGGCCGCAUUGCGUCUUUCUCUCGCCUUUGCCGCGAAGAGCAAAUGCCCUUCUGCCGUUCUACCUACUAUGCAUCCUCGACCUCAUCUACUUCCGCACCAUGGCAACUCGCCAUUCCUUUCCUGGUGACCGUAUUCCUGCCUAGUGUCAUUCGUUCCUUCUACACAGGCUCGAAAUCAUACGAAGGCGCUGCAUCGCUGUGGAUUGGCACGGCCUUCCGCUUCGGCCUCUUCGUCACCUCACUCUUUUGGAUGCUUGAAGGCGCUGAUGACGGUGACUGGCUUCCUAUGAGCACGGAUACCCUAAAGUCUCUGCGUGUCUUCCUUGCGCAACUUGUUCUCGCUCUAGCUCUCGCAGUAGGUACGGGUGCAUACAUCUACUCUAAGCCCUGCGUGAGUAUCAGCGUAACCACACAAGCCCCUCCACCGGAAGAUCCCAAUGCUCCUCCAGCCCCCUUCAUCGCAGGCCAACAACAAGGGCCUCGCAAGACAGUCACCAUCUUGGGCUUCGGAAACGUCUACGGAACCCGUUUCUUCUUCCUGGUCAUCAAUCUUGCUCUUGCCAUCAUUCUCAUGCAAAAGCCCAUGGGUCAAGGUGCCAUCGCCCUCCUCCUCUGGCAAAUCCUCUCCCUUCUCGAAAUCCUCGACACAAACAACCUAACGAUGUCAAACUCCUCCAUCGGCCCUGUAGUCCUCGGUCUCCUUGGCUCAUUCUACUUCUUCAAAACAGGCCACCAAGCCACUCUCUCCAGCAUCCAAUGGGAAACAGCUUUCAUCCCCCUGUCCACGAUCAAAUACCCCUGGUCCCCACUCCUGGUCAUCCUCAACACCUUCGGUGCCCAGAUCCUAACUGCCAUCGCCGUCCCUCUAACCGUCCUUUGGAAACGGCCCCUCCAGACACACGAUCGUGUGCCCGCCUCAAAUCCAAACAAAAACCCCACUACACGCAUUCUCUCCGAUGUUGUCCAGGCCGCCAGUACGCAUAUCCUCUACCUGGCAACCAUCAAUCUUGCCACAACAAUGUGGGCAGGCCACCUCCGCCGCCAUCUGAUGCUCUAUCGAAUCUUCAGUCCAAGAUUCAUGACGGGCGCGAUCGUGCUGGCUGUUGUUGACGUCGUCUUGAUGGUCGUUGCCAUCGGUGGUGUACGAUGGAGUACACUGAGCGUGGGCGAGGUCUUUGGUUGGUGA